AUGGUAAAGAAGGAGGUGACCAAGCUUUUACAGGCUAGGAUCAUCAAUCCUAUUUUAGAUAGUCAGUGGGUGAGUCCAGUCCAGGUGGUCCCCAAGAAGACAGGCCUCACUAUUGUUAAUAAUGAGAAGGAUGAACUCAUACCCACCAGAGUCCAAAAUAGUUGGAGGAUUCACAUUGCUCUUGAGGAUAAGGAAAAGAAAACAUUCACCUGCCCCUUUGGCACUUUUGCCUAUAGGAGGAUGCUCUUUGGCCUAUGCAAUGCCCCUAGAACAUUCCAGCGUUUGGAUAGAGUUCUGAAUAGAUUCAUUGAGACUAACUUUGUUCUUAAUUUUGAGAAAUGUGAUUUCAUGGUAAAGCAAGGUAUAGUUUUAGGGCAUAUCAUUUCUAGUCAGGGCAUUGAGGUAAACCUUGCAAAAAUAUCUGUUAUUGCACAAUUACCUUACCCUUCUUAUGUGCGAGAGGUGCGAUCUUUUCUUGGCCAUGGAGGUUUCUACAGGUGCUUCAUCAAGGACUUCAGCAAGAAAGCCCUCCCACUAUCCAGCUUGCUGCAGAAGUAUAUUGACUUCCAUUUUGAUGACAAGUGUAAGGAGGCUUUUGAUUUCCUCGAGAAUGCUUUGACCAUCACCCCCAUCAUCUAG